AUGAGUGUCCACGGGAAAGCGCCUAACCCUGAGAAGGGCGCUCGAUAUCUGGCCUCAUUAGACCAGGCGCUGUGCAAUGCGAACUGGGCUGAGGUUCCGGAAUUGGCGCGGAAGGUGGACAAGCACGCUCCGGAGAGAAAGUGUAAGCAGAUUCAAUGACAAUUCCAAGUAACCCCUUGAUCAGGAACACGUACUAACAGUGCAUCGUUCUGUAGGCCUUACUCUCGCCGCACGUACCGAGUGUCACGUCGCCAAUGCCUCUCAUCGUCCCACCUCCGCAUCUUCGGCGACCGCGACGAGCAUACACGGCCUGGGAGAACAAGUCAAGCCUCUGAGUGAUUGUGUUAAAUCAGCAGAGCCCAGGCACCCAGACGAUGCGUACAUUGCGAGCAUAUGCUUAGCGGAAAUACAUUGGCUGAGGGAAGAGCCUGUGGAAGCGCUCAAUGUCUUGGCCGUAGCCCAAGUGUCGACGACGGGGAAGGGGGCAUCUGGACCGCUGGGCUGGUUGGAGGUCUGCGCUGUGAAGGCCAACUUCAUUCGCGCGUCGUGCCUGGAUUCUAGCGGCCGCCAGAUGGACGCACGGGAAGCAUACAAGUCAGCAGUCUCCUCUACUCCGGGAUAUCGAACGCCCGAACUGCGAAUAUGGACAGAAAGAUUGCUAGCUAGGGCAUGCAUGUACAGUGUGAAGAAGAUGCCUUCGCCUUCUCUGGAGGAUUUUGGAGAGACGUACUCAGCUUUCAGUGCUUGGGGAGAGUUCUGGCAACGAGCAUCUUCUGCCCCAGCUGGUAGCAACCCGGGAUCCACGCUUCUAGACAUUCCGCGGCGGCAAGUUUGGAAGGCGUACUACGACCUCCUCUCGACCAUACUGGAGCAUAGGCUACUGUGUAUCAUACAGCCGAAUUCUGGUCCCUCGAUACUGCCUAGCGCCAACGUACCCACUUCUCAGCACCUCGUCGCGAAGCAGCGUCAGAGAACUGAAAUAAAACGAGUGGAGGCCACGUAUGAGUCUUUCCUUCUCCAAGAGACUCAAUUCCCCAAGUCCAGCCAGACCAACAUCGAGGUCGAGGAGUGGGCGGAGCAGGUCAUGCGUAACUGGCGAAUCUUUUCUGGGUCAGACUGGACCGAUGCUGAUCUGGGCGAUGGCGGGAAAAGAGGCGUGUCACGAGCUACGCUUGGUAUACUGUAUCGUGCUGCCACCAAGACCUUUCACUCGACGCCAAUCUUAAGACACCUCUUUACUGUACAUGCUGCGCGAGGAGAAUUCGACCUCGCAAUGCAUGCCUUUGACAGCUAUAUGGAAAUUAUCAACAAGGGUAAAGCUCGGGCCGAGAAGACUGGCAAACACGAGAUUGGAUUCGACAGCGACGACACUGCCAUGCUUACCGCAGCUAACGCAGUCCGCUUUCUGUGCCGCUAUGGAGAUCGAGACCACGCAGAAAAGGCGAUCGAGAUCACCAAAUCAAUGCAGAAAUGGAUGGAACAGCAACGGCCAAGUACGGCCCAAAGUACACAAACGAAUGGCGAAAAGGGUGACGGCGAAAGCCGAUCUUCAAGCCAACCUACCUCUGCAUUGUUGAAAUCCACCACUUUGGCAGCGGCCUAUAGAGCAUCAGGGAUCGCACAGGCUCGCUGGGCGCAACUGACUUAUGAAUCGGAAAGCCGAUCAUCGUUGCUGGCGGAAGCAAACAACAACAUUCAACGAGCCUUGAAGCUCAAUCCCGACAGUCUUGAGACCGCGCACGCUCUGGCACUUGUACUAGCUGAGAUGCGCGACCUAGCUGGGGCGCUUGAAGUUAUUCGAUCUACAAUCGAGACCAAAGAUCCAGCGGCGACAGUAAAUGGUGACGCAUUCGUGUCAUCUUCUCUCGAUCGGCAGCGGCGUCUGAUCCCUCUUUGGCACCUGCUUGCCCUCUGUCUAAGCGCCGAAGACCAAUUCGAUGCUGCAUCUCGCAUGUGCGAGGCAGCUUUUAAACAGUUUGGCGAUCCGCGGGUACUUUUUGGCUCCACAGGUGACGCUGCAACGACCGAUUCGUCAAAUGCACGAGGCCUGGUCGAUCAAAUGGAGAGUCUCGAGAAGGAGAGCUUGCUCCAGAUCAAAAUGACCCAAAUCAUCCUCUUUGAGCUUGUGGAAGGUGCUGAUGAAGCAGUCGACCUUACAGACGAGCUCUUGAGCCUUUACGCAAGACUCUUCGGCAAGCCUGAACAUGUCGUGGCGGAGAUUACAUCAAAACCACCCCAGACUGCGUCUUCUCAGGUGCCCUCAAGGCUAGGAGGAACGCUGAGAAGUAUUACCGGCAGCAUUCGACCCAGAUCAGCAAGAUCAAGCAGAUCUACGCGCAGUAACAAUGGAAAAGACACGCCCAGGCAGCCGUCUGUGAUAUCCGACGAUGGCGCUACAGCAGCGCCUACAACCAACGGGACGCAGACUAUCCCGAAUGAUCAGAAUAUCGGCCCACCUAUCUCGAUCACGGUGACAAAUGAGGAUGGUGUACAGUCAGAGAAGCCUCAACAUCGUCAUCAUCAUCUUCCUCAGCUGCCAUUUCAGAAGCGCGGCCGCAGUCGCAGUGCCGGGCCAAGACAUCGUGCUCCAAGUAUUGCUGAAGAGGGCCCAAACGCACAGAUUAAUGAGAAGGCCGCUGCGGCCGGGCCCGACCCUGCGAAAGCUGUCGCAGAAGCCAAGUCAAAGCCCGACCAACCCAUGAGCAAUGUCGCGCACAACGUGGGCCCCAAUGAAUUACCUCCACCAGCUGGCCAUUCCCAUCAACCGCCUCUCCAAGACGUCCGCCUGCCGGCACCACACCCCGCCUCAGCCUCCGCUAUGCCCGAGCUUCAUCUAUCAUCUUCAUACGAUCGCCGGCAUAAGGUGACCGUCCUAGUGAACGCAUACCUGUUCAGCGCCGAGCUGUACAUACGGGCCGACACAUAUGACGAUGCUGACAACUUGAUCAACGCCGCCGUCAAACUAAUCGAGUCUCUUGAGCAGGAACUGGCAGCUUUUAACGAGCCGACCAAUGCUCGCACGCUGUUCGUGAAAGGCUGGGGCAAUGGGAAGAGCAUCGACGGGCUGUGGGCUGAUGUCUGGGCGACGGUGAGUACAUGCUUCUGACAAUUUUGCACCGCCGUUUGGCUAAUAGUUCAUCAGAAAGCACAUCUUGCAUCCGCCCGUCAACGGCCCCACGAAGCCGUGGCGUCGUUUGAGCAAACUCUUUCACACUACCCCGAUCAUCCUGGUGGGAUUAUCGGCCUCUCUGACCUACUCAUGGACAUCUACGAAGAGAAGCUUCCGGCUGAAGAGCCAACAGCUCCAACACACGCCGUGCCAGCGGCUCCGGCUCCGACCUCACUCAUCAAAGAAGCUCGUCCAACACUGGCAAGACCUGGCACAUCUACAACACUUCCGUCGAGGCGCACCUCCACAGUCGUUGAACCCGAGCCGAUCGAAAUGAAGGAGAGAAAGGUCGAUCCUUCGCCGGAGGAACUGAAUCGACUCGCCGCGCGAGACAGGGCUUACAUGCUUCUGUCGAACCUCACGAAGCAAGGGGCUGGUUGGGACGAUUCUGAAGCAUGGUAUACACUCGCCCGCGCUCACGAGCUGAGUCGCGAAAUUGGCAAGGCUAAGCAAGCUUUGUGGUGGGUUGUCGAACUAGAGCAAAACCGUUCCAUCCGGCCGUUGAAAGAAGUGUUUCCGGGAGGAUAUACCCUUUAA